AUGCAUCGGAGUGUAGCGCAGCACAUUCUCCUUACCGUGGCAGCGCUAACACCAGGUCUACGGGCACAGGAGCCGGAAUGGCAGAACGUCAGCAGCACCUACAACUAUACCGACUUCAACGCCAACCCUGAUGCGUACGGCAUUGUUACCAUACCAGGAUUUCGCCUCUCCACGCCAUACCCGGGGCUCGCGGACGGCGGCCCGCGCACGACAUUAUGGGAGCUCGAGACGCGCGUGAAGGAGUACAUGCCCAACGACGACACACCAGUCUCGUACACACAGAUUUCCGCACAGAUCCGCCCACCACCUCCAAACCAGCCCGGAUCCGUCAUGGACCUGGAGACCGGGAACUGGACCGUCCCCGACGACAUCGCGGACACGUGGCAGGUGACGGUCAUCACUUUCCCCCCGGCCUUCCGCGUGGUCGUGCCUAACGCCAAUGACGACUGGAAAGGGUCCUGCCCCCUAAGCGUGAUGAGCGAGCAGUGCGUCUCGGAGCUGCGCGAGAACAUCCUCUCGAACCCACAGGUGCUGGCAGGGAACGCCCUGGUGGAUGACAUCAUGCCGACGAGUGGCAGCUGCUGUCACAUUUGCAGGACGCAGAUGCAUGUCACGCAUGGAGCUUAUGAGGACCAAAGCGUCGCCAUGAACAACGACUUCAACAAGUCAACCAUUUUCGUUCACAACCACUUCUAUCCUAAUAGCUCAACCGGUUCUUCCAGUGGCAACGGUGGUGGCACCCCUUCCAGUGGUCCGAGUAGUUCCAGGACGGAGCUAACGCCGUAUGACUACAUCGGCACAAAGACGGUCCCCUAUAUCGUUAUUUGGGGUUACAGCAACUCCACGGAGUAUGUGGGGCAAAGGCUGAACGAUGACCAUGUCACGAUCGGGUGUGUAAAGGCCGAUACUGCGGCCCCGGGCAAGUCACUGCCUUCUAUACCGGCCGAACCGUCUGGGAGCACGCGAACUGGCCGAGACGUGGCAGGAAUGCUCGCGGUGACGGGUUUUGCCAUCUUGAUAUCACUGUUAUGA